GUCGCGACUCGCGCCUGCACCGGGGGAGGACCGACGUCGGGCCGGAGCCGGGCUCGGCACGCUGGAGGCGCUCCGGCGACACUCGCGGCAGAUCGCCGCGCGCCGCGUCCGCCGCGUGCAGUUCACGGAGCGAGCGAGGGAUGGCGCGCGCGACGGCGACAGCGGCGGCUCCGAGAUGUCGGCGGGCGGCGAGCGGCGCGACCGCGACACCUGCCGCGUGGAGCUGGGCGCGCUGCUGGCGCCCGAGCCGCGCCCGCUGGACAACAAGGUCAAGCGGCACAGCAUCCACGGCAUGACGGAGGAGGAGAACGUGGUGCGGCCGCACCAGGAGAUGGCCGUGCUCUCGCUGGAGGAGAAGAAGUACCUGCUGGGCGUGGAGCGCGGCGACGUGGCGGGCACGCGGCGCGUGCUGCAGCGCGCGCGCGACCAGCGACACAUCAAUGUCGACUGCGUGGACCCGCUGGGCCGCAGCGCGCUGCUCAUGGCCAUCGACAACGAGAACCUCGAGAUGGUGGAGCUGCUGGUGGAGUUCGGCGUGGAGACGCGCGACGCGCUACUGCACGCCAUCUCCGAGGAGUUCGUCGAGGCCGUCGAGGCGCUGCUCGACCACGAGGAGCGGACGCGCAAGCCCGGCGAGCUGCACAGCUGGGAGGCGCUGCCGCCGGAGACGGCCACGUUCACGUCGGACAUCACCCCGCUGAUCCUGGCGGCGCACCGCGACAGCUACGAGAUCAUCAAGCUGCUGCUGGACCGCGGCGCCAGCAUGCCGGUCCCGCACGACGUGCGCUGCGGCUGCGACGACUGCGUACGCUCCCGCCACGAGGACUCGCUGCGCCACUCGCGCUCGCGCAUCAACGCCUACCGCGCGCUCGCCUCGCCCUCCCUCAUCGCGCUCUCCUCCAAGGACCCCAUACUGUCCGCCUUCGAGCUGUCGUGGGAGCUGCGGCGGCUGUCGGCGCUGGAGCACGAGUUCAAGACCGAGUACCAGGAGCUGCGCGUGCAGUGCCAGGAGUUCGCGACGGCGCUGCUCGACCACACGCGCACCUCCAACGAGCUGCAGGUGCUCCUCAACUACGAGAAGGGCUCGCCGCAGGCGCCGCUGGCCGAGCCGGGCGCGCCGGAGCUGAUGCGGCUGUCGCGCCUCAAGCUCGCCAUAAAACUGAGGCAGAAGAAGUUCGUGGCGCACCCGAACGUGCAGCAGCUGCUGGCGUCGAUCUGGUACGAGUCGGUGCCGGGGUUCCGGCGCAAGAACAUGCUGCUGCAGGCGGCGGAGAUGGCGCGCAUCGGCGCCAUGUUCCCGCUGUACUCGCUGGCGUACAUCGCGGCGCCGCACUCCGCCGCCGGCCGCACGCUGCGCAAACCCUUCAUCAAGUUCCUGUGCCACUCCGCUAGCUACUUUAUGUUCCUUUUCCUGCUGAUCCUGGCGUCGCAGCGCAUCGAGACAGCGGCGAGUGGCAUCUUCUGGGGCCAGUCGUACUCGGUGCCACUGUCGCGCCGUGGCUCGAUGCCCUCGCUCAUCGAGUGGCUCAUUCUAGCCUGGGUUAGCGGUUUGAUCUGGAGCGAGGUGAAGCAGCUGUGGGACAUGGGUCUGCGGGAGUACGUGCACGACAUGUGGAACGUCAUAGACUUCGUCACCAACUCGCUGUACGUCGCCACGGUGGCACUGCGCGUGGUCUCCCACUUCCAGGUGCGGCGCGAGAUGGCGCUGGGGCUGCAGUGGAACCAGCCGCGCGAGAAGUGGGACGCCUGGGACCCGAUGCUCCUGUCGGAGGGACUGUUCUCCGCCGCCAACAUCUUCAGCAGCCUCAAGCUGGUGUACAUCUUCAGCGUCAACCCGCACCUGGGCCCGCUGCAGGUGUCGCUCAGCCGCAUGGUGCUCGACAUCCUCAAGUUCUUUGUUCUAGAUAUACUCGUCAUCUUCGCGUUCUCGUGCGGGCUGAAUCAGCUGCUGUGGUACUACGCGGACAUGGAGAAGAAGAAGUGUCCGAGCAACGCCGGCGCCGCGCCCGCCAACGGCACCUUGCCCGACCCCGACGCCUGCAUCGUGUGGCGCCGCUUCGCCAACCUGUUCGAGACGAUGCAGACGCUGUUCUGGGCGGCGUUCGGGCUGGUUGACCUGGACUCGUUCGAGCUGGAGGGCAUCAAGAUCUUUACGCGAUUCUGGGGCAUGCUGAUGUUUGGCACGUACGCCGUCAUCAACGUCAUCGUGCUGCUCAACCUGCUCAUCGCCAUGAUGAACCACUCCUACCAGCUCAUCUCGGAGCGCGCGGACGUGGAGUGGAAGUUCGCGCGCAGCAAGCUGUGGAUCAGCUACUUCGAGGAGGGGGGCACCGCGCCGCCGCCCUUCAACGUCAUCCCCACCCCCAAGUCCGCGCUGUACGCCUGGCGCUGGCUGCAGCGGCGGCUGUGCGGCCACACGCGCGCCAAGCGCGAGCACAUGCGGACCAUCCGGAGAAAAGUGAAGCAGGCGAACGAACGAGACCUACGUUAUCAGGCGAUAAUGCGCAACCUGGUGCGGCGGUACGUGACGGUGCAGCAGCGGCGCGCAGAGAGCGGCGGCGUCACCGAGGACGACGUCAACGAGAUCAAGCAGGACGUCAGCGCCUUCCGCUGCGAGCUGGUCGAGAUCCUGCGCAACUCCGGCAUGAACACCUCCACCGCCAACGCCGGUGCGCCCGGCGGCGGCGGCGGCAAGAAGAACCGCCAGAAGGAGCGGCGCCUGAUGAAGGGCUUCAACAUCGCGCCCGGCACGCUGAUGCCGGUCGACGAGUAUCUGGCGUCGUUGCACCACGAGCACGGCGGCGCGCACGCGCACCACGCCUCGCUGUCCGCGCUACUGGGUGGCCGCCUGCGAGCCAGCCAGUCCAGCCUGUCCGACGCCGCGCCGCCCCGCGCCAAGCCGGCGCCGCACAAGCGUCGCUGGGGCACCAUCAUCGAGGCCGCGCGCGCCGCCCGCGUCUCCAAGUUCAUCGGACGCUCGCGCUCCGAGGACUCCGUGUGCGACCACGCGCGACAGUCGCCCAGUGGCAGCGAGCGAUCGGACUCAGGCAGCGACUCGCAGCGCAGCCCCGAGCGGGCGCCGCGCGCGGGGCCGCUGCACCCGCUGUCGGCGCUGGCGGCGCUUAAGCGCAAGCGCAAGAAGUUUUCGGACUCGCGGCGCGCGGCGGCGGCGGUCGCGGGGCGGGGCGCGGGCGCGGCGGAGGCGCUGCAGCGUGCCAGCUCCGUGCCCGCACGCCCCACCCCCGUGCCGCGCCCGCCGCCCCGCCCCGCGCCGCCAGCCCCCGCGCCACCCCCGCCGCCCGCCGCCGCCGCGCCCGGCAAGGGUGACAGCCGGGAGCCGCUGCUCGCCAGCCUCGACGACGACGCCCAAAAGGACGGUUGCGGGCAGUGCGGCUACGAGGCGGAGGAGGCGGCGGCGGAGGGCGGGGCGGGCGAGACGGCGGUGGCGGAGGAGGCGGGUGCGGCGUGCGGACGGUGCGCGGCGCUGGCGCGGCUGGCCGGCGUCACGCCGCUGCACGGACACGCGCCGCACCACUCCGCCGGCUGGCUGUAGACGCCCGCAUCGGCACUGCGAGAGCAUAGUGCAGGAACGCCCAAAAUAUACACCCAGCGAGCUCCGAGGAUCGAGGGUUGCAGAGCGGGCGACGCGAGGCCGCGCCCGACUGCAUCGGAAAGUUCGGACGCGGGCCUUGUAGUAUACAUGAAGUUUUAAGGACGAUGAAAUCCGUACACGUCUGUCCGUAUACCGUACUAUACACGAGUGCAGCGGUCCCGCUACACUUAAAUCGAAUCACGUCUAUUAUUAUUUAUUAUAAGAUUAGGAGAAUUGAAAUUGAAAUAAUAUUCCAUCCUUGUAAUUUUUACGAAAGUAGACACCUAUAGUCGUCUCCAGCUGCGGCCGUUGACCGAAAAUAAUCGGCCCGAGCCGCCGGAGCCCUUAGCCGAAACGGCUUCGUUUAUUUCACCGUCUAAAAUCUAAAUCAAAAGUUAUAAGUAUAACUUUAAAUAAUUCGCCGCUGAGCGUUCUCGAUUUCGAACGUCGACAGUGACAUGUACGAAACUUGCCGGCUCAGGGCCCAGGUCGAGCGCUGUAAUAUGUUGUUGGCGAUGUUUGCACUCUGAUCCAUAUCUGCAGCGACGGAUGCGCCGCUCGCGUAUAUCAUAAGUAAUAUUUUGGAUUAUCCCUUUAAGUUUCAGUGCCUUUUGUAGAGUAUGUCGGUUACGUUGAAUUAAGGCCGAAGCAAUAUUUUAUCAAACCUUGAGUUACAGAGAGCACCCGGUCUCGGUUCGAACAAUAAGUUAAAUAUCUUCCUGCCGAUGCGAGCAUCGUAUCGAAAACAUAUUGUAUCUAUGAAACACCAACUAGUCAGUAGUCGCAAGCGAAGUUGUAAACUUUAAACUUAGUGAAAUUAGACGUAAGCUAACUUAAAAUAUUUUAUAUACGGUAUGUGUGUACACUGAGGACAUAAUUAUAUUUAAAUAUAUACUAUAUAGAGUAAUUAUACAAUACAAUGAUGUGUUCCAAUCGUUUCCGGUGGCGGGUCGCACUCCGCCGGGCCGCGCCGGCCGGGUGCCGCCGAGUCCGGCCCGGCUGUACUCUGGUCGCUGAACGUGCAUUGUCGUACUGUUUUCACUUUAUCGCACGCCCAUGAUAAACAGGGUUUUUGCCAUGUCGCGGCGGCCAGGCCGCAGCUGCGGCCAUCGAGAUAGAUACCUUAGUAUGAAACCG